GAUGAUCUUCUUAAUCUCGAUACAUGUUAUUAAUACUAUUUGUAUGCAAACUCGUAUAAAGCGCACAUCUCCUCAUUUUUUCUCUAAAGAUUGAUUUUAUUGAGGAAGUGAGCUGGGAUAAAGUUAAGAACAUACGGGGGCGACACAUCUCAGUGAGAUGGAGGGCGCUGGCCACCGUAUCGUUUGCUAGGUUUGGGCGUCGCUGCGUCUCGGCUUUCGGCGGGCGGCUGGUGCGCGGCGGCGGCCGGCGCGGCUGUGCGCACACAGCGCCGCCACGCACGCUUGUAUCGCGACCCAGUCUGCUCUGACGUUUAGCCGAGCCGCCGGUGUCGCCCUGCCGCACCGUUCGCAAAAACGUAUCACCGUACAUUAUAUUCUGCGCACUUUGAGAUAUCGGGAGAUAAUCGAAAGUGUUAGGUGUCGGCGGUGGUAGUGAGGUCGUGCGUAGAGGCUAGGGCUCGGACGGUGCGGGCCGGAGUGCGAGGGUGCGGGCGAGCUGCCGGCCGCAGCGUGCGAGCGCCGCAGCAGCUGGCGGUGUUUACACGCGGCGCCUGCAUCCGCCCGAGCGCCCCGAGCGCCUCGAGCGCCUCGGUGGCUGUGCGCCCGUGCGCCCCGUGCGCUGUGAGCUGCAACAUACAACACCCCUCAUUUACUAUUCAGCGCUGUGAAUUUUUAACUUUGCGAACGACCGAAGAUAGAGGUAUUUAAAUGCUUAUUAAACCUGACUCUCGCAGAGAGACCGGCCGUAGUGCACAUUAGUGUCACGAGCUCAGAGCAUACGCAUCGAAACAGAAUUGUCAUAGUUCAUUCGAGUGAUUUCACAACUUCGUAAAUAUGGGUGCUAAAGAAAGCGUGGAGGCUGCUAAAUUUUCUUCGCAAAAUUGGAACAAUUUCGAGCAUGCCGUUGUGAAACACCAGUACCGACACGGCACGCAGCGGUCGCAGAGCUUGAACCGCGGCCACUCGCUCUCGCGCACCGAUGGGACCUGGUGACAUCACGGGACCGCGGGCAGCAUAGUGCAGUGCGCCGAGUGUGGCACGCGCACGAUGGGCAACAAGCUAUCGUCGUGCUCCUGCGCGCCCAUCCUGCGCAAGGCGUACCGCUAUGAAGACAGCCCGUGGCAGAACUCGCGACGAAGAGACGGACAUUUGCUAAGACUAUGGGCUGAGGUAUUCCACGUGUCCGCGAGCGGCGCCGGCACGGUGAAGUGGCAGCAAGUCUCGGAGGACCUGGUACCCGUGAACAUCACCUGCAUCCAGGACUCGCCCGAGUGCGUGUUCCACAUCACCGCCUACAACUCGCAGGUCGACAAGAUCCUCGACGUUAGACUACUGCAGCCCGGCACUCGAAUCGGUCAAGCGUCUGAAUGCUUCGUGUAUUGGAAAGAUCCCAUGACUAACGACACAUGGGGACUAAACUUCACUUCUCCCAUUGAUGCCAAACAAUUUAGGGAAUGUUGUUCACCAUCAUUCAAAUUCUCCCGCAAGGCUUCAUCAAGCUACAGCCUGAAACUGGAGCCUCCUGGCAACAAGCAAAAGUUCAAGGCUAAGAGGAAGCCACUGUCUACACCUGCAAGCCCUAAUCGAUCCAGUCUGACCUACGGCCGUGAGCCUCAAUGCACAUGCAUGACGCAAGAACAAUACGCACGACUGAGAGCCCAGGAUCCACGUUAUCGCUCGUCGACUCUGCCCCGCACUACAACCCGUGCGAUCGAGACGGAGGCGGGCGCUGCGGGCGGGACUGCUGGCCGCUCCGAUAAAGUAGCCGCUGCCACUUCAUCCACGUCACUGUAUGACAAUGUGUCCAGCUCGCAGCCAGCACAUCAGCCGCCACCUAAACCGGCAUCUCGGCAGUCAGACACACAGCCUCCGACACGACCUCCGAAGUCACAAGAGACGUCGACUAUGACUACGAAUACUUCUACAGCUCCUAAGACUGUCACAGCUUCAGUGGGAACGCAUGGCACUAACACAAACGAAGAAACUCAAGCGGGCGGCGGUGGUGGUUCCUCUCAGCACACUCAAGACCUGAAGUCAGAAGGUGUGCAGGCUGGCGGCACCCUCACGUCUUCUAAGUCCUCGGCCACCUCGACGCGCUCCGGCAAGGAGCAUCUGCAGCACAUGCCUAAGAGUGUCGACUACGGAGACGGCAAUGAAUCAGACUGUAUGAAUUUUCAGUCCCGUGAAUCGGAUAGACAUGCGGCCCAUCAUCACAACGUGAUCAACAAUAAUACUUCGGGAUCGCGGCGCACUAAGUCCAAGAGCACUGAAGAUAUGAACAUGGACUCGAGCACUUUGAAGCGCAUGCUGAAGCCGAUGCCAUCGACAGAGAGUCCGGUGACGUCACCGGAGAUGGGACGGCGCCGGUACGGGGGUGCGGCGCCGUGCCCGCCGUCCUGCGGCUCGCACGGCCACAGGCAUCCGCAGCACAUGCACCACGGACACUACUCACAUAUCGUCAACAAUAACAGUCGCCAGAGUUCGCAGCGUCGCGGCGUGGGAGUCGGUGCAGCACCUAGCGGCUAUCCAGGCCGUGGCCUAUAUCUAGAGUUGGGUGGUGGAGAACGGGACAUGUCGCCUCCGUCGGACAAUGUGAUGUUCGAUAACCAGUGCUACGCGACCACGCCAUCUUCUUCAAAUGGCAACUCAGACCAAGAGCCAUGUCAGCGCCGCGAUUCGAGACAGCACCAUCACGCGAAGCCAUGUUUGUCCCGUCAAGCAUCACAGUCGAGCGCCACUCCAGCCCCCGGGUCGCCCACCUCGCGUCUGCUGCUGGAAUAUGAGAUGCAUCUGAGAAAUACUCUUGCCAAGGGCAUGGAUGCUGAGAGCUACAGUCUGCACACUUUCGAAGCUCUGCUAAGUCAAAGCAUGGAAGAUUUAGAAUACAACGACAACGUGUCAUCUUCCAAUCAACGCAGUCCAUAUCCACCGAGACGACGACCGACCCAAGAAUCAAUUCUACAGUCUUUGAGACACCUUAAGGAGGCUGCGAUAAGGGACCGAGCAGCGUCCCAGUGCUCCGGGGGAGGCAGCCGAUCUUCAACCUUGCCGCUGCCACACCGACUUGGCGUCGAAAGACAACAUAGCGCAAGAUCUGAUCGCGAUGGAUAUUACAGUGAUCGCAAUGAACUGAUGCGAGAACGCGAGAGGGAUCGAGAGCGGGGCUAUUUGAGUGAUCACAACACCAGGGACAGAGUUCGAGAUCGCGAUCAAGGAUAUUUGAGCGAUCAUCAAUCAAGUUUCGUGAGCGCAUCCCGGUGCGCUUCAUGCAUCGGUGAGUCAGCCCGCGCGGCGUGGUACCGCCACUCAGACGGGUGGCGUGGUGCCCCUCCUCCCGGCCCCCGCCGCUCCCCCUGGGACUCCCUUCCCAGUCUCCGCCAUGAAGGCAGCCUUAACGACUCGGGCUACAGGAGCAACAGGGCUGACAGCUUCGAACAAAGGGGUGUUUUCGACCGGCAAGACAGCGUUCGCUCGGAAUAUACAAGCGAUCGGGAAUCAACGCGCUAUGGGAUUGUUCAACAAGCUUCGAUUGAUAGCACCGACUCCAGAAUCUGCUACUUGACAUCGAGUGAGAUAUCAGAUGAUGAUCGCAUGUCGCUAACGACGGCGGUUUCUGACGAAGAGGAUCCGGGCGAGAGCGCGAUGAAUUCUCCCUAUAAAGGCAAGCAGACUGGCGCCGCAGCCGCAUCGUUCAACUGCACAGGAGCCGUCAGGAAAGCUGGGUUUUUGAGUGUGAAGAAGUGGCUGCUGCGUAAAAAGCAUCAGAUUGAAUUGGCACGCAAACGUGGUUGGAAGGGGUACUGGGUGUGCUUGAAGGGCACUACACUGCUCUUCUACCCUUGUGAUUCUCGCGAAGGCCGCUCCGUAGAAGCCGCUCCAAAACAUUUGAUCAUAGUUGAUGGAGCUAUCAUGCAGCCGAUACCGGAGCACCCCAAGCGCGACUACAUAUUCUGUCUUAGCACUGCUUUUGGUGAUGCAUACUUAUUCCAAGCACCGUGUCAGAUUGAACUGGAAAACUGGGUGAAUAGCAUACAUAGUGCAUGUGCUGCUGCCUUCGCUCGUCACCGUGGAAAGACUGGGACCCUUCAUUUACUUCAAGAAGAAAUAUAUCGCCUUGAGAAGGCGAUUGAAUCUGAUCACAAGCUUAAACAUAUGGCAGAUCUGCAACAGUCAGUAGUUUCUGAUCCCGAGACUCGGGCACAACUGGCUGUCCAAAUGCUGCAGUGGGAAGAAAACCUUGAACGUCUACACUGUGAGCAAUUCCGAUUGCGUUGUUAUAUGGCGAGCCUUCAGAGCGGCGAACUCCCCAAUCCCAAGUCGCUGCUAACUCACGUCUCCCGGGGCACAAAGAGCACGCUGAACAAGCUAGGAGUGUUCACGGUGUCAUCUUUCCACGCGUUUAUCUGCGCGCGGUCGCCGUCGCUGCUGAACAACUUGCUGGCCGGGCGCGGCGCCACCAAGAGGCGCGCGCCGCAACUGUCGCGUUCCAACUCUGGAUCUAGCAGGCGUUCCAUGCAGAUGUCCCGCGAGGACGGGGAGGCGGCCGUGCGCGUCUCGCUGCCGGAGGGCACCACGGCCACGGUGGGCGUGCGCGAGGGCAUGUCCGUCGAGGAGUUCCUCGCCGCCGCCUGCGCACGACGCUCGCUCAACGCCCUCGAACACUUCGUCAGGGUCAAGAAGAGGCGGGACAUGGAAGAUCACAACUAUUUCGUGCCACAUCGCAGCGAUCUCAUUGAAACCUACUUGCACACACAUGAAGUUGUUGAAGUGUGCGCCAAGAUCCUGUAUCAAGUGGAAUUACAACGCACGACGCUGGAGCAGAUGUGGGGCUUCAGCGUAGAAGCCGAGCUCAUUGAGAACGCCGAGCGACAAGACGAGCUCUGCUGCUACGUGAGCCGCGUCGAAGACAAGAGCGUCGCCAUGCAAAAUGGUAUAAUCAAAGGCGACGAAAUAAUGGUGAUCAACGGAGCGAUCGUAUCUGACCUAGAUAUGAUGUACCUGGAGAGCGUUUUGCAAGAGGAACUGUCCCUCGUCAUGAUGAUGAGGUCGUCGCGCACGGAGCCGCCGGAGCUGACGGGCGUGAUGCGCGCCGCCACCGACGACAUAAUCGAUUCCCUCGUGUGCCCGCCGCCUCCCAGCGAGCCGCCAGUCAUCUCCGACGACAUGAUAUCCGGCCUCAUCGUGCCCGCGCCCGCCUGGAGUAAGGAGUUGUACAGCCCGGACCAAGACGGGCACGGCGACGCAGUCAGCACUGGUCCACCGAAAGUCAGCUCCCGAACUAACUCGUUCGAGAUCGAAAAUCUACUUAAGAGUGCCGAGCAGGUGACGGGGUGGUGCCGCUCGCCGGCCGAGACGCGACGCGGCAGCCCCACCGGCAGCGUGGCCAGUGCCGCGGCCGGCACGCCCUCGCGACACCUCUCCGAUGCCGAUAAGCUCAAGAAGGUACUCCUGGAACUCGUCGACACUGAACGAGCUUAUGUCAAGCACCUGAACAACUUACUGGAAAACUACCUGGAGCCCCUCAAGAAGGAAACUUUUUUAUCAAACGCCGAGAUCAACGCUUUGUUCGGCAAUAUACAGGAGAUAGUGACUUUCCAAAGACAAUUCCUGCAAAACUUAGAGGAAGCGCUUGAGGCUGAACCUAACUUCCAUCACUUUGAAUUUUCAAACCAGUUCAAGAACGUACUUUUUGCGGUUGGGAACGCUUUUCUGUAUUACGUAAACCAUUUCAAAUUGUACAGUUCUUUCUGUGCUAGUCACAGCAAAGCUCAGAAAGUAUUACAUCCAAAUGAAGGUAAUCAAGCUUUACAAGAGUUUCUUGCGGCUCGAAAUCCAAAACAGCAACAUUCAUCAACGUUGGAGUCGUACUUAAUAAAACCCAUUCAGCGGAUAUUAAAAUAUCCGCUUUUACUUCAACAAUUGAGAAAUUUGACUGAUGUAAAUUCGGAGGAGCAUCUCCAUUUAGUGGAGGCUCUGAAAGGCAUGGAAAAAGUUGCAGAGCACAUUAAUGAAAUGCAACGAAUACAUGAAGAAUAUGGUGCUAUAUUUGAUCACUUGUUUAGGCAACAUCAAAAGUCUUGCAAGCAACCUAUAGAUCUAAGUCCUGGCGAUUUGUUAUACUACGGUGGAGUAGAAUGGUUAAAUAUUUCUGACUUUUUAGGAAAAAUUAAAAAGGGAUUGGAAUUGCACGCAAUGUGCUUUGUAUUUAAAUCGGCUGUUGUCUUCCUCUGCAAAGAAAGACUGAGGCAGAAGAAGAAACUUAUGGGAGUAUCAUCCAAAAAUAGUUCCAACGAGGUAGAAAUUAUCAGGUACCAGGUACUGAUACCAGUAACCGAGGUGCAAGUUCGGGCCUCCUCAGCCAAAGACAUGGACAGCCAUUUCCUGUGGGAGCUCAUUCAUUUGCGGAGCCAACUGCAGCGGCGCUCCGAGAAAGUUUACGUCCUGUCUAACAGUACGGCGGAUUUCCGCAACGCGUUCCUCAAGACGAUCCGGCAGAUCAUCCGCGAGUCCGUGCGGAACAUGUCACUGCCGACGUCACGGCCUGCGCCGGCGCCGCCCCGAGCGCCGCACACUCUUGAUAGAGACAGGCCCAAGCACCAGGUGCAAGUAAUGCAGGGAUCACAAACCCUCGGAAAAACAAAGAAGCCUAAAACUACUGGACAACGAUUAUCGGCAGGAAACAUUGAGGUAGGCGACUUGUCGCGCGAGAACUCUCAGGAUGCUGACGAGCCGCCGCCAGAGCCUCCUCCCGAGGAACCCGCCUUCAGGCAUCGCAGCAAGACUCUUGGUGAUGCCACUGAGACCAUAGUGAAACGCGCUCCUCCGCCGCCGCCGCCCGACGCCGAUAAGUGCGACCCCGGCUGCAAGUCCGAGGGUGAAGACGAACAGCCUCCACCGCCCGCCAAGCGCGGCCUCGGCAGGACCCCCAACCAUCUCACGCUUAGCACGACAUCGACGCUCAGUGCAGGCAGUACUGGCAGUCAGGCCCGGCUCAUCCAGUCGUCACAUCAACCCACUCAGUAUCAACCCACCAUGGUAAAGGAACUAGGAUCGCCCGUGUGGAAACCGCGCGACAUGUCGAGCAGUGCGGGCGGGGGCGGGGGCGGGGGCGGUGGCGCGGGCGGCGCGGCGCCCACCACGCUGCCGCGCUCCACGCGCGCGGCGCCGCGCCCGCACCACCUGUCGGCCAGCCGCAAGUCGCUGGCGCCCGACCACCGCCACUAGCCGCCACUAGCCGCCACUAGCCGCCACUAGCCGCCACUAGCCGCCGCGCCACGCUCCACCCGCGCCGCGGACGCACACCCCCACUUUUGUUGUCCGCCGACUACCGAACCUACAAUACUCAAACCACUUCCGUGCGAUGUUAACCUCCACCUUGGUUCUUCCCAGUUCCCCUUACUUUUUAAAUAUUUCUAAUUUGCUCUGAACUUACGUUUUAAAGCUCAAAGAUUUAUCAACCUGUGUUCAAAUCGUUCAAGCAUUUGUUUAUAUUUUCUUUGAAUGAGCUCAAAGUAUCUUUGUGUUAGGUGCAUAAUCCACUGCUCGUAACGAAUAAGACUGCGUGCGGCUAUUUUGUGAGGUAUAGUGUACCUAUCUAAUAAUAUUUAAAAAUAAUUUGACAAUACCCUCGUUUAAACAACUCAUAACAUUGGGACAUUUUUUUGUGAAAUGAACGCAUUGUAAAAAAUCUAAUUAUGAAUCCAUGUCUGAAAAUGUAAAAAACCGAUAGCUCUACAUAUUGCACUGAUGAUUUCUUUAUAAUUAAUAGGAAAAAGUAAAUAUAUCGCGUUGCAUUAUUUGUUAUGAGGUUUGAAAAUGAAAUGUUGACUCAACAAAACGCGCUACAGUACAGUAACGCAUCGUGUUACCUUCCACAUGGAACAUAAUUUGUUGUUUCAGUAUAUAAAUAUCUGUUGGAUAUGAAAAUAAACCUCAUAUUAAUAGAAAAUAAGUUUUAUUUAAAAUCGACCUACAUGAAGCGUUUAUUUAGGUAGGUCUAUUUUAUAACUACAAAUAAAUGACAAUAUCAAUAGAAAGUCAGGAAAAUUAUUGAGUCACAUUACAUAGUUUAAUUUCAGUAAUGAAUUGUUAUUGGACAUGUUACUUUGACGUCGAAAAGGAUUACAAACUUCGCAUAGAACGGUAUUCUCGUAAUAACGCUCACACCAUCGAAAAGUAAUUUAUUUACACGUCUUAUCGUAGUCACAAAGCAUGUCACCUCUAUACAGAGAUAUCUAUCCUCGUGAAGACUUUCUACUUUAGCUUUAUUUAAGGCAUUCCUUUACUACUUGUUUAAGCAUGCGAAUAUCCUAUAGAUUCGUUUGUACGGACUGUUCUGUGCCAAAUUAGGUACUCUCUACACCUCCUUGUGCUUGAAUACUUAUCGUGAAGAUAUUCCUGAAUAAAUAAAUAUAUCGUGAGAGUAGUUAGCUGUAAUGUAUUUGCGUUUCAUUUUCGUCACAUUGGCAACUCACUACCCUAUAGUUCAAAUGCACUAACCCAAAUGGAAAUAUACACUAGGUAGUUUUGAUAAUAAUUUCUCUUCGUGAUCAAAUUCGAAAGUUCUAUCAUAGGCUAGGUGAAUGAUAUAACAUGUAUCCACAAUUUGAGUUCAACUAUUAAUUAUUGAAUGUAUUAUAAUUAUUGUGAUUGUUUGUUUGCUGUAAUAUAUUGUAAAUGUGUUGACUGCAGUCACAGAAAACUUUUAACUGGAUCGACGACACACUUCCAAACUGUGAUAUUUGCAGAUACGACAUCCGUGGUGUUUAAUAAUAUAUUACUGUCGGAACAUUCUGUCACUCACAGGGAAAGCUGUUUAUAAAUUCUUGAAAUUAAAAUAAUGAAUGAGUUUACCAUUAAGCAACGGAAUUACAGAGUGUUUCCGACUUGCAGUAAUAUAUUAUGUAUCGGAUCGUGCCUGUCGAUAUCUCGACGGAAGUCGGGCAAUGUCGAGUCUCGUAGCACUUGGUGGAUAUUUCUUGUCGAGACAUAUCAUCGGUGGAGCUGCCUCAUUCAGCUUACAAGUUUUCUCGUGAUCUAGUUACUGUUUAUUAAUUUUAAAUAUGUUGCAGUAACCAGGAGUAUGUAUACACAGUAUGCACUAUGAUGUUUAGAUAAUACCUGUGUAAUAUAUAUAUGUAUAUUAUCGUGACCACAUUAUACUUUGACUUAUAUUGUUUAAGUGUUUGUUUUGUGACUUAUUGAAAUAAAACCGUUUAUUAAUAUACAUAUGUUAAAAUAUUCGAAUUUAAUAAUUACGAACUUAUACAAUCAAUUUAUAGAUUAUUAUUAUACUAAGAAAAUUAUAAUUAAUAAAAUGAAUAAACAAAUAUGAGUGAAAAAUUAAAUGAAGGAUGAGCUCAUUAAUUGCGAUUGUAUUUCAUACUUCAAUGACAUUUGAAAGUAAAGUAGGAAAAUGAAUGAAUAUUUAGAAAGACUUAUUGAAGUAAAAUACGAAAGUAACUAAUGUUAUAAUAAGUAUUGAACUUUUAUAAUUUGUUGUUGAUAUGGUUUGCAGAUUCUGUUGUUUUGUCAUUACUUUAUAUCAAUGUAUUUAUCGAGAGUAAUCUCACCCGUAUACAAUGUUAGGUAUGUAUAACCGUUGGCAAACUGCUUUACACAUUUCAGAAAUGGUUCUUCGCAAGUCGAUAAAUUAUUUGGUGCACUACUCAUUAUCUUUUUCUAUAAUGAUUACCGGAACGUAUUUCUUAAUAAUCUUUUAUCUUCCAGAAACUGUAUUUAUAGUUCGUAGUCACCAUCUCGUUUAUAUCUUUAGACUGACUAUUUACUUACCCGCAACAUCUCUGUGUUAUCAUUUUGUUGAAUCGUCUAAAUUUAAAGUGCCUUCACAUGUUUUCACAAAAACGUGCCACGUGUGUUAUAAGUUUCAUAGAUGAACCAUAUGAAAAAUAUAAAGUAGUAAGUCAACGCCUGCUAAAUGGGAAACGGUAUUAAUUCUAGUAUCCUUUAGUGGCUUCCAAAACAACUAGUCUAAUUUACAAUUUAAAUGAUGUAUUAUUGUUUUCAUAAGUAUUUGAUAUGUUAAAUUUUGUGACACAUAUGGAAAUUACUUUUUAUUGCUUAUGAAUAAACAUAAAAUAUGAUAUA